ACAAACACACUUGUUGGUCGCUGUAAACAGAACCAUUUCUACCAUUUUGCGGCGCGUUUUGGGGAGCGUGUUGAGCACAUUCCCCUGUGCAAUUGUGCAAAAACGAAUGCAAUUGUUGGGAAUAUCAAUAGAAAAAUGGAGUACACUGCUAAAGAAACGGUGCUAAGUCUGCUGCAGCGCUACGCUGACGGACCCCGAAGGAAGGAUGAUGAGUUCUUUCGGGAGGGAAACUUUUACCUCAAGCCAUUUGCAAAGCUGGGAGUGUUGAGCAAAUUUCCUUUCGAUGACACGGAACCCGAAGAUGACGGCAUCGAGAUCAGCUGCAACGUGCCGGAUUGUAACUUUUUCUGCCAUUCGGUCAAGGAUUAUGAGGCUCACUACAACGCCCAGCAUCGGUAUACGUGCGGCCAGUGCAAAAAGUCGCUCCCGAAUGCUCACCUGCUCGAUCUGCACCUGUCGGAAACGCACGACUCCUACUUUGCCGCACAGGUCCAAUCGGCAAGCCGUGCAAUGUACGCUUGCUUUUUAGAAGAAUGUAAACACCGCAGCAAAGAUCCGGCCGAGCGCCGAGAUCACUGCAUCCGGGAGCACCGGUUCCCGCACAACUUCCGGUUCGAUAUGCAACAACGCGCCAGCCAACCGAACAAAUCAGACAAACAGCCGAAAGCGACAGUCGCGAUGGAGACGGAAAGUGCUGCCGGCAGCAUGACGUCACCGCUCACCGAAGAGCCGUCGCAACCGAUCGCACCAAAGUGUAGGAAAAAUUUCUCCUUCGGCCAUCCGCAGCAGCGUACGUUCAAAACGAAAGCGAAAGCGACCGGUGGCACUGCUAAACCGAGCGCCGCCAAGUGUGAUAUACUGGAAAGCAACCAAAUGGUGAUCGAUCUGCUGGAUAGCCUUCCGCAGGAAUAA